AUGGCAAGCUCAUCGGAUCAAGUUCAAUUCCGUGAGUACUAUCAGAACUGGAUGAUUGAGCAACAACAACUUCUUGAAGAGCUCCUACAAGUGCACAACCAAAACCAAAACGACGAGCAGGAUCUUUGUUGUAUCAUCGAAAAACUCAUCGAACACUUUCAAGAGUAUACUAAUAGAAGAGCCCAACUUGCGGUAAGCGAACCUUCAUCUGUUUUCUCACCUACGUGGUGUACUUCCACUGAGAAUUCGUACCUAUGGUUCGGGGGUUGCAGACCCUCGUUAUUGAUUCAACUCGUUUACACUCUCUGUGGUUCUCAACUUGAGUCACAACUCACAGAGUACAUACAUGAAGUGAAAACAUGCAACAUAGGCGGGUUAUCAGCAGAUCAACUCAGUCUCGUCAGUGAGUUACAGGGUAGAGUAAUUAACGACGAGGAGAAACUUUCAACGAAGAUGGUUAGUUUACAAGAGAAUAUAGCUGAUUGUCCACUCACUAGGAUUGUUAACAACAACUCAGUCGAUUCAGAUGUUGAGUCCCAUACUGGGCAAGUGAAACAGGCUUUAGAUUCACAUUCUAAAGAUCUGUCUAGUAUAUUAAUCGACUCAGAUAAGUUGAGGAUGAAUACUUUGAAAGAACUUAUAGGCAUCUUCACACCAUUACAAGCAGUGGGAUUUCUGAUUGCUGGAAAGAAACUUCAUCUUUGCAUGCAUCAAUGGGGCCAACUGAGGGAUCACAUCCCCAGCAUGGAAGAACAAGAUGGAGAAGGCGUGUAA